ACUGUCAACAAAUGCAACACAGUAAAUGUAAUUAUUUUAGGGAUGCACAUUCACGAUAAGAUGAAAAGUUGAUGCACUCUUAUGCAUAAGCUUACACUGCAAUUAUUGUUUUUUAUCUUUGUUAAAAAUCAUAAUGUCAGCAUAUAGCAGUGAAGAAAAUCACAAAAACAUUUCUAGUCUAGGAAACGUUAUGAUGUAAACUAUGUUCCCUUCGAUUCUUGCAUAGUUACCUAAUAUGCAAUAAACACAGUUAUUUUCCUGUGUAUGGUUUAGGUAAUGUGGGAAGGUUUACACUGAAGCAAAACAAACACAAAUGGGCUAAAUCGGAAUGCUUUUUUUAAGGGGAUACGUCCAUUGUUGUGCUGGAAGUGGCGCGUUCUUAUAACGCAUACGUCAUCAUUAUGCGACCUCACGAGAAUCAUUAAGCGGCACUUCAAUGCUAUUGAAUGGAGAGAGGGAAUACUACAGUUUAGUCUAGAGUAGUGAAUCCAACUUCUCAGAUAAUUCCAUAUAGUUAAAUAGAGGAAGUAUUUAGAAAUGAUCGACACGAUUGAAAAAGAGGACACUAUUAUCAGCGAGGAGGAGGCUGCUCAAUAUGAUCGUCAGAUUCGCCUCUGGGGUCUGGAUGCUCAGAAAAGACUUAGAGGAUCACGAGUACUUCUUGUUGGACUUCGGGGUCUUGGUGCAGAAGUUGCAAAAAACCUUAUUUUGGCUGGAGUGAAAGGGUUGACUCUUCUGGAUCAUGAGCAGGUGACAGAGGAGUCUAGACGAGCUCAGUUCCUGAUCCCAGUGGAUGCAGAUGGACAGAACCAAGCUCAGGCGUCUCUGGAGAGAGCACAGUUCCUUAACCCCAUGGUAGAGGUGAAGGCAGACACCGAAAAAGUGGAAAACAAAUCAGAUGACUUUUUCUACCAGUUUGAUGCUGUUUGCUUGACUGGAUGCUCCAGAGACCUCAUGGUGAAAGUAGACCAAUUGUGUGCCCCCAGAAACAUCAAGGUCUUCUGUGGAGAUGUAUUUGGCUACCACGGAUACAUGUUUUCCAACCUUGGCCAGGAGCAUCACUAUGUAGAAGAGAAGCCCAAAGUGGUGAAAAGUUCUGAUGAGGCUAAUGAUGGUCCAGAGGCAAAGAAAGCAAAGGUGGACCCCAAUGAGACCACCAUGGUGAAAAAGACGGUGAGUUUUUGCUCUCUCAAAGAGGCCCUGGAGGUUGACUGGACCAAUGAGAAAGCCAAGAGCAAUAUGAAGCGCGUCCCCUCUGACUACUUCCUUCUGCAAGUGCUUUUGAAGUUUCGUACGGACAAAGGUCGCGAUCCUCAGUCAGUCAGCUUCGCCGAAGACUCGCGCCUACUCCUGCAAAUCCGUGACGAUGUUCUUGAAACCAUGGGUGUGAACUUGGAGCUGCUUCCCAACACUUUUGUCAGUUAUUGUUUCUCUGAGAUGUCUCCAGUGUGUGCUGUAGUUGGCGGAGUUCUUGGACAAGAAUUAGUCAAGGCGUUGUCUCAAAGAGACGCUCCGCACAGGAACUUCUUCUUCUUCGAUGGGCUGAAGGGCAGCGGGGUGGUGGACUACUUUGGAUCCAACUAAGUGGCCCCUGGAGAACGUGGAGAUCUGAGCACAUGCGAUGUGCGGGGCAUUUGUGCUCUCGAAACACCGCGGAGUGCCAGUGGCCGCAGGCAUCAAAAUCUGUCUUUAGACUGUACCUUUGCAUAGCAGUAUGCCAUGUGCUAACUGAUGCCAAAAGCAAGAAGAACAUGUUGUUGAGCUUUUUGUGUAAACACAUUUUUCACCAGGGUUAAUCGAGACUUGCAAUUUCUAAGUUUUUUUAUUAAAAUAAAAACAAUAAAAACGUAAAAAAAUGG